ACUUUCCUUGAAACACAACCUCACUCCCCACCCCUCAAACUAUAUAUACCCAUCGUUCAAUUCUCACUUUCCCUCCCUACAACACAAGGCACAAACACAAAAUAAAACAACAGGAAGAAGAACAACGUUAGUUACUAGUAACUACAAAGUACUAACUAACCCUUUUGCACAUACUGUCCCAUUUACACAAACAAAAACGAAACUUUCCACCCAAUAACAUGUUUUCCAUCAAUCGUUUUUCCGAUCCCCAUCCGACGUCGCCGGUGUCGGUAGUUUCUCGGCCGGCGAUGGCGGCGCUGUCGGACGAGGAGGUGUUUCUGGCGGCGAGUCACCCCAAGAAACGCGCGGGGAGGAAGAAGUUCAGGGAGACGCGUCACCCGGUGUACCGUGGGGUGAGAAAAAGGGACUCCGGCAAGUGGGUGUGCGAGGUGCGUGAACCCAAUAAGAAGACGAGGAUUUGGCUCGGGACCUUUCCCACUGCGGAGAUGGCGGCGCGUGCGCACGACGUGGCGGCUAUAGCGCUUAGGGGAAGGUCCGCUUGCCUCAACUUCGAGGACUCCCCGUGGCGGUUGCCGGUACCGGCGACGGCGGAUGCCAGGGACAUACAGAAGGCAGCGGCAGAAGCGGCGGAGGCGUUCCGGCCUGGGAUGGAAUCGGAGACCGAUGAGGGGAGGAAAGAUAGUGAGUCGCCUGCGACGGUAGCGGCGGAUGCGGCGGCGACGGAGCAUGAAGAAGAAGAAGGGGCGGUGCCAGAGUUUCUGAGAAACAUGGUGCUCAUGUCCCCAAUGCAUUGCUUAGGAAGUGAGUAUGGGUGUGAUGACGUGGAAUUUGGCGAUGCUGAAGUUUCGUUGUGGAGUUAUUCAAUUUAAUUUAACUCAAUUAUUGUUUUUUCUUUCACUACUAUUUUGAGGGAUGAAGAGGUUGUUCCUCAUAGAGUAGUGUCCGUACUUAUAAUUUUUUUUACUAGUACGGAUGGUCGUAAUAGGUGUAAUAAAAAUUAGAUUUAUUAGAAACAACCAAAAAGAUUAGAUACCAAAGAUGAUAAAAGACCUUUUUUUUUGUUUUUCAUUAUUUUAUUUAUUUUAAUAUGAAAAAUUGUAAUUAAUAUUACUGUUUACAUUUUGAAUGUAAAUGUAUGUUUAAUGUAUAAGAUAAAAUGUCAUAAAGUAUAAAAAAAAGAUGUAUGAUAUAUUUUGUUAAAUAAUUUAAUCAUGACAAUAUUAAUUUCGCAAUUUGUUAAGGAACGAAACUAGAUGCCUAUACAAACUUUUUUUUUAAUUUAUUAAAAAGAACGAAUUAGAUGCGUAUCUAUGAAAAGGUCAUUCAUUUUUUAUUUUUCACGUGGAGAAUUGAUGUGCGGAGAAUAUAAAAUUACUUUUUAUUUCGUAAAAAAAGAAAAUAUAU